ACUGAAAGAGUAUAAAAAACAAAGAGAACUCAAGACCAAGAGCCAGAGCCAAGAUGAACUCAAAGCACAAAUGCAAUUCAGUCCAGAAAACCCUUAUGUUUCAGAAAUAGUUCUAGAAAGCACUGAUAAAAGCUCCACAGAAACACAAGAAAUACUCCAACCAAAUUUUAGUAAAGUUAAUAUUUUUUGGGCCUUUGUGGCAAUCUUGAUUAUGGAAUAA